AUGCAGCCAAUACAGCCGGUCGGCGAGUACGACCUACACCGAAUACCACCUGCCUCAGGUCCCGGCGCGGGACCCCCACAGCGCCCCGGGCAAUACCGCGGAGGAGGCCGACACCGAGGAUCGAACCCGGGAUCUCUCGGAGGCAUACCCGCUAUAGUGAUCCCCGGAGUCGGGCAACUACCUCCCAUCCCUCCGCACGCGGUUAAAUUCAUCCGCAAAUUUGGGCCGUUGAUCUUGAUCAUCACGCUGCUGUUCGCCGUGCAGUACCUUCUCCUGUCGAUCUACCUGAACGUGCGGCGAAUCAAAUCCGACGUGAAGGAACAGUGCGCGUCGCUCCAGGCGGAUCUGAAUCUGACGGCGUGGGGGCACAUGGAGGGCGUGCGCAACGAGAACUGGCGGCAGCACCGCAUGGUGGGACGUGGCACGUACGGAUUGGUCCAGUGGUCCGCGUAUCGGAUCCAAGAAGGCGUGGUGGUCGGGGUAGGGUUUGGCGCGACGCUGCUGCGGCCUCACAGGAAGGUAAGAGCAGGGGGGGUUGGGACCGGUGGAGGUGGAGCAGGGAAAGACGGGGUGACAAUACUGGGCGACCCAUCGCUGCACUACCCGCGGGACGAGCCGCACGAGCAGUACGAGACCAUCAUCAUCCGCUGCGACCUGCGCGGGAAAGUGGUUACCAACCUCGGCGGUUACCUCGUUGUCGGAAUCGACAACGAGCAUAUAAUCCUCUAUCGGGAGGAUCGGGACUCCCCGACCCACGCGCUGCUGUCCACGACCCACCCGUACCGAGCCUCUUUCUGCACGUACCCGAUUGCCGACCCUGUGGACGGGGCGCGGCUCCGGGAUUGGCUGCAUGUGCACCGGGCGUACGGAGCGGAGCACGUGGUUGGGUACGAUGCGGGCGGCGUGGACCGGGCGGCGCUGCGUGAAGUGAAGGAGUUUCUGGAUGAGAAGUUUCUGGAGGUGCUGCCGAUGAGGGAUGUCGUGCACUUCAGAGUGCAAGCGCAAGGCAAGCUCAUGGCGAUGCACGACUGUCUCUACCGCUCCACACUCACCUCCUCGUGGGUCUUAUUCCUGGACUGGGACGACAUUCUCCACAUCAUCUCGCCGCCCUCCCUCUCGGAGCUCCUCUCCCAGCAUCGCAACGUGCCCUGGCUGUCCUAUGGCUGCCAAGUCUGGGGCACCAAGCUGUGCAUGGGGACAAAGGUGAGCAGUCGCACCAAGGGCCUCAUGCCCCAGGAGCGCAUGCUGUGGCACUGGCCUCACUUCCUGUGCUCUGAGGGCGACCCUCCCGUGGAAGCCAACUUCUGCCCGGGGACCAGGGGACACCGAUACAUCAUGGCCAACACUGGCAAGGUGUUUUUGAUGGGGGAGAGCGAGGUAGUUGAUCCAAGAACAGGAGGCGUAGACCUGUCAGUGGAGUCGGUGCGGCACGAGCGGUUUGAGAACGUGCACAAGCGGGGCGCUGACAUGGACUGGUGCUCGGAGGUGUAUGGCGAGAAAGACACUGUUGAGUGGUGGGUGAAGGACGGGACCAUGCAGACCCGCCUGGAGGUGAUUCGCAAGAAGGUUUAUUCCAAGGAGAAGAGAUGA